AUGUCGGCGCGUCGCUGCCGCCUCCGCAGUGGCAGCCCGCUGCGAUGUUCUCACGGCCACCGCCAGCGCGCUAGUGACGCGCCGCUGCCCGCGCAGGUGGGGUCCACAACCGUGGCCUCCGUCCCGACACACCACAGCCAAUGUAAGCCAUCCGCAGCGAUGCGACCGCGCCCUGGCGUCGAGGCGACACACCGCUGCUGUGGCGGCUUUUUGUGGCCCGGCUUUCUUUAUUUGCUGCUGCCGCUGUCGCGUCUGCUCCUGAGGCGGAGGAUGCUGAAGGAGCGCGAGGUGUCGGCGGCGGCGCUCGAGGCGAGCUGCUGCGCCGGCUGCGGCGCCCGCAUCUGCGACCGCUACUUCCUGCUGGCCGCCGACCGCCAGUGGCACUCCGCGUGCCUGCGCUGCUGCGACUGCAAGCUGCCGCUCGCCUCCGAGCUCACCUGCUUCUCGCGCGACGGCAACAUCUACUGCAAGGAGGACUACUACAGGCUGUUCGCGGUGAAGCGGUGCGCUCGCUGCCAGGCGGGCAUCUCGGCCAGCGAGCUGGUGAUGCGCGCGCGCGACCUCGUCUACCACGUGCAGUGCUUCACGUGCGCGUCGUGCGGCGUGCCGCUCGCCAAGGGCGACCACUUCGGCAUGCGCGACGAGCUCGUGUACUGCCGGCCGCACUACGAGCUGCUCUACAGCCAGGACGCGGCCGGCGCGCCCUACUGCGACCUCGAGGCCGCCUUCCGGGCCGGCGCCGGCGCCGCCCCCUGCGGGAAGGGCCGCCCCCGCAAGAGGAAGCUGCCGUCCGCCGUCGAGCCGCAGGACAUGCCCGUGGGCCUUCGCAUCCCCGCCGCCGCGCUCGAUAGGCAUGCACGCCGCCCCAACGUCACACUUGGGACGCGCUACAGGCCGCGCUGGUGCUGUGUUGCAGAGAUGCUGCACCCCUCGGAGCUGUCCUCGUCCAUGGAGUCCCUGGGGUACGACUCGUCGGUGACGUCACCGGGGAACCCGGCCGGCCAGCAGCAGCAGCAGCAGCGCACCAAGCGCAUGCGCACCUCGUUCAAGCACCACCAGCUGCGCACCAUGAAGUCCUACUUCGCCAUCAACCAGAACCCGGACGCCAAAGAUCUUAAGCAGCUCGCGCAGAAGACGGGGCUGUCGAAGCGAGUCCUCCAGGUGUGGUUCCAGAACGCGCGCGCCAAGUGGCGGAGGAACCUGAUGCGGCAGGAGGGAGGCGGACAGGGGCAGCGCGCCGCCGGCCCGCCCCCGGGGUCGGCUCUGCUAGGCUGGCCGCUGCUGCGGCCCUGCUUCGCUGACGCGCCUGACGCCCCCACCACGCCGUGA